AUGAGCCACAUCGACCUCUCCCCAGUCAGCCUGCUUCUGCAGGAGGUGCAGACCGUAACGUCGGCCAUGCGGCGUAACAUGCGCUGGUCGUCGUCCGCUCCCACAUCAACAUAUGCGUCCUCGGGUCUGCCAUCGCAGCUGUCGCGCAACAGACGUGCUGGCACGCCCGUUGGCAGGCGGCGCGACGACGAGGGCGACCUCAUGGGCAACUUUGUGGCGCUCCGCCGCUCACUCACCGGCGUCUCUGACGUGGUAGUGCUUGACCCGCUCGCGAUCCUCGAGCCGUUCCUCGCCAUCGUCCGCUCGCCCCUCACCUCGGGCCCCAUCACUUCCCUCGCUCUCGUUAGCCUCCACCACUUCGUCCUGAACGUCCUACCCCUCUACCUGCCGCCUGAACUGCCUCCGGCACUUGGCGAUGCGUCGCCCCUCCAGCUCGCCCUCGUGCACGUGACACAGACACUCGCCGCGUGCCGAUUCCCAUCCUCCUCGCCGCAACAGGACGAGCUCGUCCUCCUCCGCCUCCUCCGCGUCAUCGAGAGCAUGACUGUCCCCGUGCUCCCCGAGAAGGAGGGGAAUGUGCCCCAGAGCCUGAUUGACCACAUCGGCGACGAGGGUGUGUGCGAGCUCCUCGAGGUGGGGCUUGGCAUGCUCGCACGCGGCCGCCUCAGUGACGGCCUGCGCGCCACCGCUCAGUUGUGCGUGCAAGCCAUCACGCGCGCGUGCUUCCUGCGUCUGCGGACGCUGAGCCCAGAGGACGUAGAGCGAGCGCUCCGCAAUCGCGCCAGCGCCGUCAAGGACAGCGUCACCGUGCCCAACACAGCCGCGCCCCGGUGGUCAGCCGAACGCAGAAGUGCGGAGCGUGAGAAGGAGGAGCGCAGAAGCGUGGAGAAGGAGAAGGAGAGGGAGAAGGAGAGGGAGAGGGAGAGGGAAAGGGAGAGAGAGAAGGCGGAGCGCCGCAGUGCCGAACGGCAGGAGAAGGAACAAGAGGAAGAGGAGGAGGCCGAGGGCAAGACGACUCCCCGCUCAUCGCUGGACACGGCGCGCAAGGCCAGCAAAGAGUCGCAGCGGGAAGACGGUCCCCCGCAGUUCGCGCCAUACGGCCUGCCGACGAUGCUCGAGCUCCUCCGCGUCCUCAUCGCCUUGCUCAACCCCAGCGACAAGGCGCAUACGGACACGAUGCGUCUGUCUGCGCUCGCGGUGCUCAACUCGGCCCUCGAAGUCGGUGGGUCAGGUAUUGGGCAAUGGCCAGAGCUCCGCGAGGGUGUACGCGACGAGGGGUGUCGUUACCUCUUCCAGCUCACACGUUCCGACCAGGCCGUGAUUCUGCAGUCGUCGCUGCGAACCACCUCGUCCCUCUUUACCACCCUCCUUCCCCACCUCAAACUCCAGCUCGAGCUCUUCCUCUCCUAUCUAGUCGACCGGCUCACGCCGCCGGCCCCAACGCCACUCCCACCGCACCUCCGGGAUCUGUCACGGCCACCCUCGCCCAGCCCUUACGGCAGCGAGACCGCGUCCGAUACCUCCGGGCCCGAGACGACGCCGACCUCGACACCCAAGCCGUACGCGCUCCUCCCGCCCAUGUCGUCCGAGAGCAAGGAGUUGUGGCUUGAGACGCUCACUCAGAUCGCCACGCGCCCGAGCUUCAUGGUCGACUGCUGGGUCAACUUUGACUGCUCGACCGACUCGGAGGACAUCUUCGAGCGCCUAAUGGUCUUCCUCACCCGCGGAGUGUAUCCCUCGGGGCCCGGGCCUCGCGUCGACGGCUCGACUAUGUUCGAAGGGUUAGACAGCUCCCAGAUGCUCUGCCUCGAGAUCCUGCUCUCGUAUGUCGACUCGAUGGCGAACCGCCUGGAACAGGGCGAGGACGAGUGGCCUGCCGAUGCACCCUCCGUCGAUGAGCUCAAGACGAACAAGAGCCGCAAGGCCGUCCUCAUCGCUGGCACGGCGCAGUUCAACGUCAAGCCAAAGGUCGGCAUCCAGCAGCUCCUCGACUCGGGUAUCAUCCUGCCAGACGACGGACCUGGGACGGACCACGAGCGCAAGUUGCGCGGUAUCGCCCGCUUCCUGCGCAACACGUCUCGGUUGGACAAAAAGCUCGUCGGCGAGUAUAUCUCCCACCCUGAUCGCCUGGAUCUUCUCAAGGCAUUCAUUGGGCUGUUUGACUUUACGGGCAAGUCGAUCGCUGACGCGUUGCGUGAGCUGCUCGAGACUUUCCGUCUACCGGGUGAGGCGCAGCCCAUCUCGCGCAUUACCGAGACAUUCUCGGAGCACUUCUUCUCCCACCAGCCGCCUGAGAUUGCGACUCAGGACGCCGCCUACGUCCUCGCGUACUCGGUCAUUAUGCUCAACACCGACCAGCACAACCCGCAGAACCGCAAGCGCAUGACUGUCGAAGACUACCGACGCAACCUGCGUGGCAUCAACGACGGCAAGGACUUCGACGCCGAGUACCUGGCAGGCAUUCACGAGACGAUUAGGAAAAACGAGAUCAUCCUGCCGGAGGAGCAUGUCGGGCAGCCUGGCUUUGACUACGCAUGGAAGUCGCUCAUGCAGCGCACGCGGAUCGCAGGCGCCACCAUCUCAUGCAACACCGCCAGGUUUGAUGAGGCGAUGUUCCGCCUGACAUGGCAGCAGCUCAUCGGUGCCAUCGCGUACGCGUUCACCAUGAACGCCGGCGACGAGCACGUCAUCCAGCACGCCAUCACCGGGUUCCGGCAGUGCGCGACACUCGCUGGCCACUUCAGAAUGCCAGAAGUGUUUGACCGCAUCGUGCAGUCCCUGGCGCCAGCGACCGGGCUUCUAGACGAGACCGAGGAAGGUUACCAGAUGGGCAACUACCCGACGGCUGAGCGCGACAGUCUCUCCAUCACGGUGUCGCCGCUCGCGAUUCGCUUUGGCCAGAGUUACCGCUCACAGCUCGCGAGCGUGGUACUGUUCACCAUCGCUAACGGCAACGGCAAUGCGGUACGGGCAGGCUGGGGCCAGAUCUUCGAGAUGUUCCAGACCCUGUUCUUGCACUCGCUUCUGCCAGCGCCUAUGCUGCAGAUGGAGGACUUCUUGGCAGGUACGACCACCAUCCCCCUCAAACUCGCGACUCCGGCAGUGGUGCCCGACCGCAGGCCCGAGGGCGGCGGCUUGCUCUCCACCCUUUCUUCGUAUCUCCUCUCGCCAUACGGCGCGGCGGCCGACGCAAUCCCCAGCGAGGUGUCGGACGAGGACAUCGAAAACGCGCUUGUCGCUGUCGACUCGCUUGCGUCGUGCAAACUCGAGGAACUGUACGCUGAGAUCCUGUCCCUGGACGUCGACGCGCUCAUCCCGGCGGUCCGCGCAAUCCGGUCACUCGCCGAGGCGCGCACAACCCACCGCCUCGAACCACGCGAGAGCCCAGACGGCCCACAGCGGUUCGAGGGACAGUUGCCGUACGAUCCCGCGUGCGUUUUCCUGCUCGAGAUGAUGGUGUCGCUCGCCGCCCGCGGCAAGGACCACAUCGCCGAGACGUGGCCCAUUAUCUUCGAAUACAUCUCAGCUCUCCUCAACAGCGCGCAGUCGUACUCGGUUCUUCUGAUUGAGCGCGCCGUGGUCGGCCUGCUCCGGCUCUGCUUGAUCGUGUCCGAACAGCCAGCGCUUCGGGACCAGUUAUACUUGGCUCUUGAUGUGCUCCGCUCGCUCCCCUCCAGCGUCCUCAACGCCGUCAGUGAGCAGCUCAUGGCUGGUGUCGCCAAGAUCCUCGAGAAGGACUCUGGCGUCGUCAAGAGCCAGACCGAGUGGGGUCUCAUAAUCGCCCUUUUCCGUGCGACUGUCGCCCAUCCCGAGGCGUCCAAGGUCACGUUGGCGAUUGUGCAGAAGAUGGCGACGGGAGGCGAGCCCGGCCUCUCGCUCGACAACUUUGCGGGCGUCGUCGCGCUCCUCGACGAGUUCGCCACUGCCGCGGGUGCGGCUGCGGCUGGCCGUCUCCAGACCAACCGUCGAGGCACCAACCCUGUGGCCACGACGCUUGGCCCGACGGUCGAGCGCGGCCUGACCGCCCUCGACAGCCUGUACGAGCUGCGCAACCAGAUCCCGGCGCUUAUCGCAAAGAGCGGCAAGCCGCCACGCGAUGCCUUUGCCGUGUUCUGGCUCCCGCCGCUGCUGGUCAUCUCGAAGCAGUGCGUCAACGGCUACCGCGAGAUCCGCCACCGCGCCAUCUCGUACCUGCAGCGCCUUCUGCUCUCGCCACAGUUAAUGAGCGCGGAUGGAACCACGCUCCCGAUCAUCUUCGACCGUGUUCUCUUCCCCGUGCUCGACGAGCUCCUCAAGCCCGCGCUGUACGAGCGCGACCACGCUGGUGCCGUCGAGAUGCGCCUCCGCGCCGCCACCCUCCUCGUCAAGGUGUUCUUGCAGUACGUCGUGGGGCUCACUGAGCCCUGCGACGCUGUCGGCGUCCAGUUCGUGCGCGUGCUUGACAAGCUCGAGCGCUUCAUGCAGGGCGACCGCGACAUGCUGAACGAGGUCUCAGAGUCGCUCAAGAACCUCGCACUCGUCAUGUACUCGUCGCAGCUGCUCAUCCCCCCACCUCCGGUCGGGCAGGCUGACACGCGCACGCGCGAGCAACAGGAGUUAUGGGCGGCCAGCGCGCCGCGCAUCGAGCGCAUGAUCCCGGGUUUCCUUGACGAUGCGCUCGCGCCCGUGCCAGAGCCGCCGCGCUCGCCGUCCAAGCCCACAGUGCCACCUGCGCCUGAUGUCGGGUCGCCUGCGCCGCUGUCGACGGUUGGGGAGGAGGGUGCUCAGGAAGAGCAGUAG